UCCCUAGCCAGGCCUUCGAAGCGCCAAACCAUGGCCUGCAUCCUCGACACUGUUGACAACCCAUCGGCUCAGGACGCCGAAAACGCCAUCAACCAAUGGAAUGAAGAUGUCGGCAAAGUGAACGACUUCCUCAACGACUUCAGCACGCUUGGAGAUGCCACAGCCAUCCAAGACGCCGCCAUGAACGUCCUGCGUUUCGCUCAAGACGAGCCGUGCCAGCUCCAGACCCUCCUCAACAACCCCGACUUCAUUGGCGGCUCGACCAACGGGUUCAACUGCGCGCGCGACGACCUUCAAAAGGUGUUUCAGCCGCACGUUCUGGACAACAUCAACGACAUCAUCAUGAGCCCGGGCAGCAAUUCGACUACCCAGGGUGCCGUCGACGACAUCAACACCUUCAGGUGCUGCAAUGUUCUGCCCGAUCUGGACAUUCUCUGGCAGGACAGUGCGACGGACAACGGCAUCGCCGAUGUCGUUCCGAUCAUGGCGGGCAGGGAGAAUGCCUGUAUGUCUAUUGAUUGCACGAUGGUCUCUACUGCCGCGCAAUGCAAAGAGGAGAGCAACUAGAUGGUUAGCGAAGAUGGACACGCAUGUGUUCGGAAGAGUUACGGGGAGGAGGGGGGGAGGAGUUACGUUUUAUGAUGACUGUCCUUACUCUUUGCUGAAAUUCUUCUCGAUUUCUUUUCCAUUUAGUCCUUUAUAUUAGCCAGUCUCUACUUAACCACUUGCUGUCUGUAGUCAAUUCAGUGUUAGGCCAAGUUAAUCCAGUGUACUUCGGGACACGAUCAGUGUU